CGCAUGAAGCGAGAGUCAGAGAUUAGGGGCUGGCUGACAAAAUCAGGAUAUGACAUCAUUCUAAGGAAGACAAGCCAAACAACUUUUCUCUCUGCUUUUCAGCUCUUGUUUGUUUUAAGACUGGUCAGGUUUUCAGAUAAGCUCCUGAGAUAAACACUCUCUGGACUACGCUGUAAUCCAUGUCCUCUGGCCGCUAACUGGAGGCAGAGAAUUUCUCCUUUCCCAUAGAUCCCCACAGCAUUCCAAGCAUUUAGGACGGGACUUGAGCCAGCACCUGCAUCAGUUGAUGAUACAGGAGACAUCAUCUCAUCUGUCCUGACAUUUCUGCUGGAGAUUCUACUAUCAGCCCAAGCUGUAGAAGCAUGGCUCUGUGCCUUGGCCAAGUGUUCAGCAAAGACAAGACGUUCAGGCCUCGGAAGCGCUUCGAGCCUGGCACGCAGAGGUUCGAGCUGUAUAAGAGAGCCCAGGCAUCGCUGAAGUCAGGGUUGGACCUCAGGAAGGUGGUUCAGCUGCCCGAGGGGGAGAGCAUUAAUGACUGGAUUGCUGUGCAUGUAGUGGAUUUCUUUAACCGCAUCAACCUGAUUUAUGGAACUGUUAGCGAAUUCUGCUCAGAGAGAAGCUGCCCUGUUAUGUCUGGAGGUCCUCGCUAUGAAUACAGAUGGCAAGAUGGAGACCAUUACAAGAAGCCUACCAAACUCCCAGCCCUCCAGUAUAUGAACCUGCUGAUGGACUGGAUUGAAUCGCUCAUCAACAAUGAGAAUAUCUUCCCUACACGCAUAGGGGUUCCUUUUCCCAAGAACUUCCAGCAGGUCUGUAAAAAGAUACUAAGCCGGCUGUUCCGUGUGUUCGUGCACGUUUACAUUCAUCACUUUGACAGCAUCUGUAACAUGGGAGCUGAAGCUCAUGUCAACACCUGCUACAAACACUACUACUACUUCAUCUCCGAGUUUAGUCUCAUCGAGCACUCCGAACUGGAGCCACUGAGGGCCAUGACAGAGCGGAUUUGUAACUGAAGCAGGUGGGCGGUGAAGUAACCCCUAAAAGCUGACUGUCAACUUUCAUACAUCAAGGGUCCAAACAUCUUGUGGUUUUAAAACCUUUAUGUAUAUAUAUAUAUAUAUACUGUAUAGUGUGUAUGUUUGUACUAGUGUAUGUAUGUAUGUGUUUGUGUAUAUACAGUAUAUAUGUAUUUGAUUUAAGGUUCGCCUUGUUGUAUUGGGAUAUGUUCUACUAAAUGAGCCUUGGUAGAGCUGUAGCAGACUUGAUUUUCCAAAAAAAUGUGUUUUUAUGGUUACAAUAUGCUAUAUGAGCCAAUUUCACUAUAUUACAUACAUUGGACUGCAAAAGAACCUUAAAGUAUAUAGGAUCAUAAUAGUUGCCAAUUUUGUCUUUUUUAUUUUAUUUUAUUCACUUUAUAUGUGAAAGAUUUAAAACAUUUGUCUCCAUGCAUCAUAUGUACAUGUCUGAGACUCGAAAAGACUCAAUGUUGUCCUUUUUACCCCUGGGAUCUGUGCUGGGGCAUGUUACAUGUUAAACACUCAGAGCAGCUUGUUCUGUCUAAUGCAAAUACCAUUACCAAACCUCCGACUGUGGCACGUCUCUUGCUUGUAUUGUAGAUUUUAUGUGGAUGCGUACUGUUCUUGUAUUGUUUUAUUUAUAUAUAAUUUUACAACCACAUAUAAAUGAUAUCAUUAUUAUAAGGCGUUUUUUUUUGCAACCAGCUGAGCAACCAAACAAACUCUUUGCCUGAUCUUUCUCUCCUAAAAUGAGCUUUAUUGCACCUUAAAUAGUACCACUCAUUUAAAUCAUAAUUUAUUUUCCAGCUAUUAGACUUGUAGAAGUCACUGUACAUAGAAAGAGAGCAUGUGAGUGUCGAAUAAAUUUAAAUAUCCAUAUAUAAGGAAGACGGGAGCUGAAAUGUCUGAAAAAAAAAUGAAAUUUGUGAUUUUGUAUUUUUAUUGUGUACUGUAUAAAGUAUAAAGAUCUUGCAUGAAUUUUUCUUAUUUGUGCUUUCUGAUAAAUAAAUAUGUUUUCUAUUA